UUGCUUCACGGGCCGGAUCGUAAGUUAUCGUAUAUCUUUUGCAUUCUAGUUCUAAUUAUCCAGCUGGCCCGGGCUUAUAUCCUGACUACGUCAAGCGGUAUAUUCCCAUGUUUGAACAGAGCAUUCCUCUGGGCUCUGUGGGAUAUAUUCAUCCAUUCUCUAAGAAGUUUAUCGUAUUGUUCAAUGCCAUCGAUCCGGCGUCUUCAACGGAACCACGAAUUAAUCGGAUCCCCUCUCUCCUCAAGGACGGUCACAUAAGAGUCACAACAAACCUCAAAUAUUCCCCCUCACUGGCAUGGGAUUAUGAAUAUAAAAAGUCAGACAUCCUUCGCAAGCUUGGAGCUUGGACGAAGGGAAGAUCGUUUGUGUUCCUUUAUUAUAAAUGUCUACCCGUCUCUCACAGAAGCAGAGUAUAUACUAUUCCUCUGGCACACAACCUACCACGUACACUCAAUCUUGGUCUUGGCCAUGCCAUUUGCCGGGAACUUGUAGGAGACCAAUUUGGUGACUGGUUGUCGGAGCACCGACAGACAGUUACGGACGUGUUCGGAGAUCAUCAUCCUUAUAUUCGCAACCACCUGGAACUUGUUACGACCACCGUAGACUCUUCGCAAUAUGUUUGGUUUAUCGUUCUUGUCCGAACUUUUGGCUCAUCCAGAGACCUUCUCUACUUCCAAGUCGACCCUCAUGCGUCGCAUAACCCUGGACACCCUUGGGGGAGGAUCAAGCCUCUUGAUCAUCGCGAACCCGAGUUACUCUCCUGGGACCACGUCUCUACUGUGGGACAGUUGCCGAUGACUGUACAGAUUCGUUGCCAUUUUAUCUCGUAGUUUUGGGGCUGUAUAUGUUUGGAGGCCAAUCUGUUCGUGAAUGGGUUCCUCUGUAGCUUCUUAUCCCUGAACUCGGAUGCUGUGACAAGCAGAGUGGCCAUGCCAAUUUUUCGAAC